CGGGGAGUGAUUGUGAGGUGCCGCGCUUGCGCCCGCGCUAUUUAAACCUGCCGCCUCCCAGAACUUCGCUUUCGAUCGAACUUCUUCUCCAUCCACCACAUCUGCUCCAGACACCCAUAUCCAUCACCAAUUCAUCAACAAUCUCACUCACCUCACUCACCACUCCAACCCAACCACUUCAAACCGAUUCAAAAUGCCUCCCAAAGCUGCACAAAAGGUAAAUCCGCUCGAAACGCAGCUCGAAACGCGUCCAGAAGCUGAUCUGCGCGUUCCUCACUCACAGACCCCCACCACCGCCGGCAAGGCACCAGCGGGCAAGGCCCCGGCUGAGAAGAAGGAGGCCGGCAAGAAGACCGCCGCUGCCUCUGGCGACAAGAAGAAGCGCACCAAGACCAGGCGCGAGACCUACAGCUCCUACAUCUACAAGGUCCUCAAGCAGGUGCACCCCGACACUGGUAUCUCCAACCGCGCCAUGUCCAUCCUGAACUCCUUCGUCAACGACAUCUUUGAGCGCGUCGCGACAGAGGCAUCCAAGCUCGCCGCCUACAACAAGAAGUCCACAAUCUCAUCCCGCGAGAUCCAGACCUCCGUCCGACUCAUCCUCCCCGGUGAGCUCGCCAAGCACGCCGUCUCCGAGGGCACCAAGGCCGUCACCAAGUACUCUUCCUCCACCAAGUAAAUUGCGUGAGCCGCACCUCACGUCACUUUGCGCUCGGCUUUUCACAAUCAAGGGGAAAUUCAUGAAGGGUGGUGUGGAUGGACACCGAGGCGUUCUUCUGCUAAUGCGAUCACGGGUUGGGUUUUGAGAGAGGGGUCUCUUCUGCUUUUGUUCUCCCUCCACACAUCUCUUACAAGGGUCUUUGUUGCUCAUCCGAUACCACACUGCGGCUGAUGGCCAGGGGCGGGGGAUGGGCCAGGCUGCGAAAUAUGGGCAUAACGAGAGAGCUGUACAGUAGAAGUUCGACAGCUAGCGGCAAGCAGCAGCAGACGCAUCUUUCGACGAAAGUCGAGGGAUUGAAUGCAUGAUUCGAAACA